AAUGCCCCUUUUCCAAUACAAAUUUAAUUCGAUAUUACAUGGAUGCUGAAUAGCCUUGAUAGCUGAUAGACAACUUGUCAACCCGCAGUUCUCCUCGGGCGAGGUCAUAUCUGACUCACUUUUUGACCUUAUUCCCACUCUCGAGUCUCGGCUCAUCAAUUCUCAAACAGCAAAGUCCGCAUCUCUUCGUAUUGGACUUGACCAAAAGAAGCUCAAGGCAAGGCGUGAGUCAUUCAUCAUCUGUCCAAGGCAAUCUUCCCCUUAACCGCCUCACCCGCAUCCCUCAAUCCUAAUCAUUUUGCCUCUCGUCGUUCGUCAAGAUGGGCGUCCCUAAACAAUCCGGCAACCGGCCUUCGGGUUUGAUGAGCUCCAAGAACCAGAAGCCCAUCGAGAUCCGCAGCUCCAACAUCCGAGCGGGUAAAGCCUUGGCUGAUGCGGUCCGAACCUCUCUGGGCCCACGGGGAAUGGACAAAAUGAUCCAAGGUCCCAAGGGCGACGUGACUAUCACCAAUGACGGUGCCACUAUCCUGGAACAAAUGAAGGUCAUGCAUCCUUCGGCUAAGAUGCUGGUCAAUCUGAGCAAAGCUCAGGAUGUGGAGGCGGGCGAUGGGACCACCUCCGUGGUGGUCAUGGCCGGCAGUUUGUUGGAAGCGGCCGAGAAGUUGCUCAAGAAAGGCAUCCAUCCUACCACGAUUUCCGAGGCCUUCCAGAAGGCGGCCGUCAAAUCGGUCGAGAUUUUGACGGAGAUGGCCGUGCCCGUGGACCUGUCGGACCGUGAGAAGUUGAUGCAAGCUGCCAACACGAGUUUGAACUCCAAGGUGGUGUCUCAACACAGUUCGGAAUUGUCACCCAUUGCCGUGGACGCGGUGUUGAAGGUGAUCAACCCGAAUCAGGCCAACAAUGUCGACCUGAAUGACAUCAAGGUGAUCAAAAAGUUGGGCGGCACCGUGGAUGAUACCGAGUUAGUUGAAGGGCUCGUUCUGAAUGAAAAGGCCUCGGGUAACGUCAAGAAGGUGGAGAAGGCCAAGAUUGGGCUGAUUCAAUUCCAGGUGUCUCCCCCAAAGACCGAUAUGGACAACCAGGUGAUUGUGUCGGAUUAUGCGGCCAUGGACCGGGUCUUGCGCGAGGAACGUGCCUACAUCUUGAAUAUCGUGAAACAGAUCAAGAAGGCCGGUUGCAACGUGUUGCUCAUUCAGAAGUCCAUCCUCAGAGAUGCCCUCUCCGACUUGGCCGUUCAUUUUUUUGACAAGAUGAAAAUCAUGGUCGUGAAGGACAUUGAGCGAGAGGAUAUUGAUUACGUUUGCAAGACCUUGGGUUGCCGCCCUAUCGCAAGUUUGGACCACUUCACCGCGGAAAAUUUGGUGGCUGCCGACUUAGUCGAGGAACAAAUGAGUGGUCCCAGCAAGUUCGUCAAAGUGACCGGCAUUGCCCACCAAGGUCGCACCGUGAGUGUGAUCAUGCGCGGAUCCAAUAAACUCGUGCUUGAGGAAGCGGAUCGAUCUCUCCACGACGCUCUGUGUGUCAUCCGAUGUCUCGUGAAGAAGAAGUUCCUGAUCGCUGGGGGUGGAGCACCCGAAACGGAAUUGUACUUGAAGCUGACGGACUAUGCCAACACCUUGAUCGGCGCCGACUCCUAUUGUUUCAAGGCUUAUGCCGAGGCAUUGGAGGUCGUUCCGUACACAUUGGCUGAAAACGCCGGCUUGAACCCCAUUGCGACUGUGACUGAAUUGAGGAACCGGCAUGCUUUAGGCGAAACCAUGAGUGGGAUCAAUGUCCGCAAGGGCGCCAUUACCAACAUUCUCGACGAGAACGUGGUUCAGCCCCUUUUGGUGUCCACGAGUGCCAUCAAUCUGGCCUCCGAGACCGUCCGAUCGAUUCUUAAGAUUGAUGACAUCGUCAAUACUGUCUCCUAAUUCUUCGGACCUUUCCCAACCACACGUAAUAGGAUCUUCGCCACUGAUGACAAGGAGGAAAGAAUAAAAAGAUCUGGUCCACCGAGCUUGCAUACUCACGAUUUCCCUCUAAUCCCAGAUGAUUCUCUGCGCCGUGUGUUCUAUGCUUUCUCAUUUUCUAACAAAUAUAACAUAACGUUGUACUCCCA